ACCCCCCCCCCCCUCUCCCAAUCUCUCACACUUCUCCAUCUUCAAUCUCUUCUUCUUCCCAAUUUUUAGAAUUCGAAAUCACUCCCUCUCUUUUCAGCAUGAAUCCUUCCGGCUCCGGCUUCUUUCCCGACAAUCUCCCGUCGAGCGAUGCCGCGAUGUGGUUGUACCAACAGUGGGGCGAUCGACCGCCGAUCUACGAGACGCAACAAUCGGGGUACGUCGAUCGAGAUUCGGUUCUGGAGACUCAACUGGAACCAUCCGGGUCGAAAAAAAGUACACGCCGGAAGAGCCACAAAGCCAAAAGCACGUUGACCGAGGCAGCACAGUCAAUCCAAAAGUGGACGCCGGAGGAGUGCAUAUUGGCGUCGGCUUGGGUUGACAUCUCCGAGCAUCCUAUCAUUGUUUACCAAGGAAUGCUCUCGGUCCGGAGGAGCGGGACGAACGACACUGAUGUUCUCCGGCUUACCACGGCCCGGUAUCAAGACGACGGGCACCAAGGCAAGGUGCCUAUCGAUCUUUGGAGAAUUUUGAGUCGUUUCCCGAAGUGGCAACAACUCAACAAUCCCGGCGGCGGAUCGUUCCGAAAAAGAUCCACCGUCAACGCCGAGGUUGAGGUCGACAACUAUUAGUUCAACCGAUCAAAUCCCUCCCUUCAACGUUGCGGAUUCCAAUGAUGAGGAUCCCAUUCCACGGCCGAUUGGAAGAAAGAUGGCAAAAUCCAUUGCCUCUGAUUCAUGAGGGUCCGCUUUUGUUUCCGCUUCUUCCCGCGACGAAAAUCGACCGGGAAAUGGUUGAACAACUUCGGGCGUUCAAUCUCCAAGAACAAGAGAGGUUGAAGCUAAAGGAGAAGGAGUUGAAGCUAAAGGAGCAGGAGGCCGAGAUGAAAGUCAUGCAAACUGACCCCGGGACGUUGUCGGAGAUUGGACGAAUGAUCUACGAGCAAGGAAUAAGAGAGAUCAAGGAGAAAUAUAAUUUACCUUAGUUU